AUGCUGCUCUCCUGCGUUGCAGUCUUACUGUACACGUCGGGCGUGCUCUCCACCUUGACAGAACCAUCAUUGUCGGGCGCAGACAAGAUCCUGGCCAAGCAUCCUCUUGUCGACGGCCACAAUGAUCUCUUGAUCUUGAUUCGAGCAAUAUACGGGAAUAAGAUCUACGACAAGAACUUCACUGAGCCUUUUGAACAUGGGAACAUGACCGCCCAAUUCGACUUGCCGCGCGCAGUUGCAGGCCGUAUGGGAGGCUCUUUCUGGUCUGCUUUCGUGAAUUGUCCAGCUGAUGGUCUGGACUUCUCCAACAAGAUUUACGCUCCUUACGUCCGAGCUACCCUUGAGCAGAUUGAUUUGUUCCACCGUUUAUCAUCCAAAUAUCCCAAAUUCUUCACUUUACCGAAGGAUGCUGCGGAGGCAGAGCAGAAUUUUGCCAAAGGUAAACUCAUCUCGCCCCUGGCCAUCGAAGGGUUGCAUCAAAUCGGGAACUCAAUCUCUACUCUGAGACUGUAUCACCGGCUUGGAGUGCGCUACGCCACUCUCAACUGGAAUUGUCACACCAUCUAUUCUGACGCUGCUGUUGUCACGGUCGAUGGCGAGAGUCAAGCAUCUAAGCCUUACUGGGGAGGCGUGAGCAAGGCAGGACACGACCUUGUAGCCGAGAUGAAUAGGCUCGGUAUGCUCGUAGAUCUCUCGCACGUCAGCGUGGACACCAUGAGGGACGUGCUAGGUGGCUCGCCUGAAAAAGGUUGGAAUGGCAGCAUUGCCCCGCCAAUCUUCUCGCACUCGAGUGCGCAUGCACUCUGCCCUCACCCACGAAAUGUACCAGACGAUAUCCUCCGGCUCGUAAAGAAGCGCAAUUCCGUGGUCAUGGUCAACUUCUCGCCCGAUUUCAUAAGCUGCAAAGCGRGCAACGCUUCGACCGGGCUACCAGACUUUGUAGAGGAGAACAACACGAUUGAGCAUGUCGUGGAACACAUUAUGCAUAUCGGCGAGCUGAUCGGGUAUGAUCACGUUGGAAUCGGCAGCGACUUUGAUGGCAUUGCAGGCACACCUCGUGGCCUUGAAGAUGUGUCAAAGUACCCAGAUUUGAUCAACCUGCUGCUCGACAAUGGCGUUAGUGCCAAAGACUGUGCAAAGAUUGCCGGAGGAAAUGUGCUCCGUGUGUGGCGAGAGGCCGACAAAGUUGCAGCACGCCUGCAGAAGGAGAUGGAACCAUUGGAAGAUCAAGAUGUUACCUUUUGA